AUGACGAUACGAUUAUUACAAACAACAAUGACAAAUAUAACCGUAUCAUUAUAUCAUAGUUUGGUUAAUGAACCAAAUCAAAUGAUUGACGAUCGUGAUAUUGUAAAUGUUUUAGCACCAUUAAAUCAAACAACAAUGAUAAAUAUGACAACGAUUACAGAAUUGAAUAAAAAUAAUAAUAAACUCAUAUAUGAUUUUGAUCCAAAUGCAUUUUAUGGUGAAAUAUUUCAUCGAUUAAAUUAUGAAUAUCGUAACAUACAUGGUUAUCUUAGCCUGGUUGUAUGUGUUUUCGGCAUCAUUGCCAAUGUUCUCAAUAUAAUUGUAUUGACAAGAAAAAACAUGGAAUCACCAACAAAUACAAUAUUGACAGGAAUGGCCGUUUCUGAUCUACUUGUUAUAGCAUCAUUCCUUCCAUAUGUGAUCCAUAAUUAUAUACGUACUGAAGUGCCCGAAGAACAAAUGUAUAAUUAUGGUUGGGCAGUAUUUACAUUGUUUCAUGCACAUAAUACAGUUUUAUUUCAUACUAUAUCAAUAUGGUUGACUGUAUUAUUGGCUGUAUGGCGUUUCAUCACUGUAAGGACACCAUUACGUACACGAUCAAUGUUAACAAUUGGCCGUGCACGUCUAUACAUAUUAUUGGUUUAUUUAAUUGUACCCGUAUUCUGUAUACCAGUAUUCAUUACAUUCACCAUACAUCCAAUACCAGCAAUGAAUCCACAGAAAAAUAUUUCAAUCUAUACGGUUGAUAUAGUAAAAUUGGAAGGUAAAAAUCAUGAACUAUUGGAAAAGAUAACAUUUUGGGUAUUUUCCGUAUUCAUGAAAUUAAUCCCAUGUGGUCUACUAACAUGUAUUACAUUGGCAUUGAUAAGAAUAUUGAUUGAAGCAAGAAAACGUAAAGAACGUCUAUUGAAAGGAAAUUUUGCCAUCACAUCAAUGAACAAUACAAUCCAAAAGUAUCAAUCAACAUUUCAAAUAAUAAUAUUCUCUAAAUCAUCAACAACAAAUUGUCAACAAAAGAAACAAAACAAUUCUAAUUUGUCAAAUUGUUCAAGAAUAAAUCGUUCGAUUGCUAAUCAUAAAAAUCAUCAUCAUCAUCAUCAUCAUCAUCACCGUAAUCGUCAUCAUCGUCAACAACAACAACAACAACAACAGCAGCAAGAAAUAGAUGUGAAUGGAUUCUGGAAAUUAUGUCGAAUUUGUCGUGAUUGUACAUCAUCAAUGAUACGGAAAUAUACAUCAUCAUCAUCAACAACAACAACAACAACGUCAUCAUCUUUAUCAUCAUCAUCCUCAUCACCAUCCACAUCAUCUUCAUCAUCAUCAUCAUCAUCAUAUGUAUCGAUCACACCAAAUCAAUCACAACAAGCAGAUAUUAAGCUCAAAUUUCGAACAUCAGCUCAAAAUAAUUCUUCUUGUAAUACAAAUACACAACAACAGCAACAAAUACCUACACCACAUCCACCAUCAUUACAUGCAACAUCAUCAUCGUCAGGAAAUUCUGAACGUACAACACGAAUGUUAAUUGCCGUAUUGAUAAUGUUUUUAGUAUGUGAAUUUCCUUCCGGUAUUUUAGCACUAUUAAGUGGUAUUCUUGGAAAAUCUUUUUUCAAAAAUGUUUACGGCAAUUUUGGUGAUUUGAUGGAUAUGUUAGCAUUGAUUAAUUCGGCCGUAAAUUUUGUGCUUUAUUGUUUAAUGUCACAACAAUUCCGGAAAACAUUCUCACAGCUAUUCUGUAUACGAUGGACUGUUGAAUCAGAGAAUGGUGUUGGACAUCAUCAUCAUAAUCACACACGAAAUUCAUGUAUUGGAUCACCAUCGACAAUGUUGAUCCAUCAACCAUCACAAUCAAAUCGAAUACAAACAAAUCGACAACAUCGUACAUCAUUACAAGCACAACAACAACAACAACAAAAACAAUCCGAUCAAAAUGAAUCAAUUUCAAUGACAACUGUUAUGAAAAAUUCAAAUACAAACAUUCAAUCAAUAACAAUGACAGCGAACAAUAGCUCAAAAAGCGCAUUAUCGGAUAAUGAUGAUUCGACAAAUGAUAAUAUCAAAAUAUUGAAUCAUCCAUCAUCCAAUAAUAACAAUGAUACGAUUAAAAUUCGUGAUAAUAUCGAUACUAAUAAUAAUAAUAACAAUACUAAUGUUGACAAUAUAUUUAAUAAUUAA